CCAUACUUCCAGAAUUCAGCGGCAUUAUAUGAACACAACAACUUAUCAGCAAAACAUUUACUUUUUACUAUAGAAAGCCCCACGGGAUGGGAUGGGCACAAAACGAGCAUAAACAUGAACAUAAUACUUCGAUCCGUGUAAUGCAGCCUAUCACUUGAUCAAACAACCACACAAGGUAAGAAACCAAUUUUGCAAAUACGAGACAUACCCAGAACCAGGAGCAGAAGAAUUACGGGUGUUGAUGCUGUUGUAGUAUCUUGAUAUUCGUCGGGUCUGCGGUUUGAACUUAGCAGGUUUCUUACGAAGGCCGAAAAUCUCUUGAACCAGCGGGACGUGCACCAGCACCAGCUUCCAAGCUAACAACCAACCUGAGAACAUAAACAAAGGAAAAACCCAUCAGAAUCCACGCAAACGAAUCCGAAUCCCUACAAAGAUGAAUUUGAGUAUAGGGUUGGCACCAACCGAGAGCUAUGAACACGAACACGAAGGAGAUGGCGGCAAUUGGACGGAGAAUCAGUAAGACGAUGUAAUCCACAGGCGACGGCGUACUCGAAGAGAAAGAAGUGGCAGCGGAAUCCAUUGACGACUAAGCGGUUCUAAAUAAUUUUGGCGGGAACGAAGAAGGACGGGUAAGCUUCCUGGCGUGAACCAGAUCGUGCCUGAAUUGGACCGGAAUUGCGCCGGAGAUGACGAGCCCUAUCUAGUUCUGGCUCCGACGAACAAGGCGACUGCUGCACCGUAAGAUUAGAAAGCAGCAAUGGCGGUUUUAGCUCACUUCCAGAAGCUCCACUUCUCCACCUUCCUCUUAACCCGCGCACAACCGCCGCUGUCGUCUCUUUCGCGCCAAUUCAACUCUACCCUCUGCUCCAAGCUCUACCGACUCCCUACCCUAAUCAGGUCCCAAUCCGCCCUAUCCGCCGCCGAGCCCAUCCCGGUGACGCAGCUUCUCGAACCGCCGCCACCGUCGGAAACCCAGUCACCGAUUUCACUCGACAAGCUGUUCAUCCCGCCGGAGACACAGGUCUCGCUCGACGACCCGACCACGAGGGUUCUCAGGGGCUCGAACAUAGUGCUGAGCAAGUACGCCAGGGAUGCUCAGGUGGUGCAGGCCGAGUUCGUGAAGAGCAGCGUGAGGACGGAGGAUUGCCCCUCCGACGGGUCGCCGGAGUUCGCCCUCGUCGGGAGGUCUAAUGUCGGGAAAUCUUCACUUCUCAAUUCGCUGGUCAGAAGGAAGAAGCUCGCCCUCACUUCUAAGAAACCUGGGAAGACGCAAUGCAUAAACCAUUUCAGGAUCAAUGAGAGCUGGUUCUUGGUGGACUUGCCUGGAUAUGGGUAUGCUUCUGCACCACACGAAUGUAGGACAGAUUGGGCCAAAUUUACCAAGGAUUACUUCCUCAACCGUUCAACAUUGGUCUCUGUGUUCCUUCUCAUAGAUGCAAGUAUCCCAGCGAAGAAGAUCGAUCUGGAGUAUGCAAGCUGGCUUGGUCAGAACCAGAUUCCGAUGACAUUAGUUUUCACGAAAUGCGACAAGAGGAAGAAGAAGAAGAACGGAGGGAAGCAUCCGGAAGAGAACGUGAACGAUUUUCAGGAGCUGAUUCGUGGCUACUUCCAAACAACACCCCCAUGGAUCAUGACGAGCAGCAUCACCAAUCAGGGUCGUGAUGAGAUACUGUUGCACAUGGCUCAACUGCGAAACUACUGGCUUAAACACUAAAAGGUCGAUUGCUGUGCACACGAAGUUGUCAAUCCAAGGCUCUCAACUUUGUGAUAAUGCUCCAGUUAAACUUCCUGACUUGGUGGAAUGCUGGAAAGGGUUUGGUUUCUCCAACCCUUUGUUUGGCUCAGAAUGCUGCAAACUUGCUCACAAACUUCGCGGAGUCUUCUCGUCAUUGUCUUCUUGCCAAGGUAUGGCCUGGAAAGAAAUGUAUCGUUUACGAAACAUAUCCCAGGGCCGAAGUGAACCAUUUGAUCGAGUACUAGAAGAUGCUUCAAACUAAUCUUGUGUGAGAAACUGUUACUCAGUUGUAGUUCUACAGUACAUUAACAUCUUCUGUUAGCAUUUCUUGUUUCCGACAGAAAAACUCGAAUGUGUCUUGCAUUUUCUCCGACGUUGAUCAACAUUUAACAUCUAACAUCAAGCUCUGAACCUCUUGUUCGUCAACAAAUACUAUUGGGGUGAAUUACAUUUAACAUAUAC